AUUCCAACUGAAGCGGUUUUCCGAAAAUUAUGGUUAGUGAUGGAUGUUCUAAGAAAGCGACUGAAUGAAUUUAGAGAAGAAGAAGACGAUUUGAGAAGUAGAGUUUCAGACAUUGAAAGUCAAAUUAAGUGUGUGGUCGAUGCAACGCACAAGGUUAAUUCAGAACAGUAUGAACUUGCUACUAAAGAAAUGUUACUUAAGCAGAAGUGUCAAAUGCAAAAUGACAGACUAAAGGAUGCUCUUAACAGGCUCUCUGAUCACAUAGAUAGUCACGAUCAUCAUUCUAGGAAAUUGGAAAACUUGAAUAGCAAGAAUUAUAGCCAGGACUCAAGAAUAGAUGAAUUGGAGGCUGAGCUGAUGCGUUUGCGGAACGAGUGCCUAGAAGUCCAGACUCGUGUUGACGAGACUGUAAUUCAUCUGAAACAUGUAGAAUUCGCCAAAGAAAAUGCUGAAAAACGAGCCAAUGCAACCGAGUCGAAAGUUCAAGACCUCGAAUCGCAAAGUACAUCCACAUUAGAGGCUUUGAGACUUGCUGAGCUAAAUGAUAUACAGUAUCUAUCAACAGAUGAUUUGGAAAUGAAGGAAAAAAGCUUACGGGAACAGUUGCAGAGGGCAAUCGAUACAUAUGAGAAUUCCGAAAGAAACAUUGUUACACUCGAUCGGCAGAUUAAAUCGCGUAAAGUAGUCGUAAUAGUAGAAGAUGGGCUGACUUCUCAAGAUCGGUCAAUAUACAUUAGAGAACAAGUCUACCAGGGUUUUCAAUUUGAUUGUUGUUAGUGUGUGCUGGAAUGUUCUGCGAUGAGGUAUUCAUUCGUGUACUUGUCUUGUUUAAAGAAACACAACAUCUAACCGUGUUAUAUAUAUAACUGAAUGUUUGGCACUAAUAUGCAUCAGUUGACACUGUUAGAUAUGAGUCAAAUCAUUAAUGGUGUAUGUAAUAAAACGUACAUCGAAAAUAAAAUUUGUUUAUGGACAAGAGAAUAAAAGAUUUUGAUAUUUGCUGUGUAAUUAUCCAGUACAAUCACCUGUCAGCUAUCAACCAGGAUGUGUGCACCUCAAUAUGGUUUAUUUUAAAAGGUGUCAUUCACUUCACAAAAUGAGAUCAUAUCAAAUUUUACUCAGACUAUUCAGGUCCUUUCAACUUUGAACAUUUGUCAUUCGAUUUGAGUACCCAAAUAGUAUUCCAGCCCUCACCUAAAUCCAGUGAUUUAUAUGGUGCCUCUUUUUACCAAUGUUUAUAUGUUUAAAUGAAUAAACAUUCAGUUUAGGCAUGAAAUACUCUUGUUUAUUUUUUUCUUCACAAAGCUGAAUUAUUAAAACAACGAACUGAAAAUGAAAAAUUAAAAAAAGAAAUGGAAUUAUUUUUCAAAGAGAUGCACGAUUUCUGAUGAUAAUAAUAACAAUAAUCUCUCUCUUUCUCUUUUUCUCUCUCUCUAUUCACAUAUAUUAAGAUUGUUAUUAGUUUAUAUUGUUUUUUUUGCAUAUGGUCCCUUAAACACUGACAUCCUAUGUGUUAGCUUUCUUGAAAAAAGAAAACUGAUUGUCUAUGUCUAAAACACAGUAUUGAUCUAUUUUAAAAUCUAAUUCCUUGACGAUACCAUUGUCUGUUUGUUGGUAAGUUUACUUAAUGUUCAGUGUUUCUUUUCAACUUUCACAAAGCAAAAUGUAUUUUCUGAUAAUUUUCCACUUUAUCAAAGAAUAAUCUUGUUCUCUAUGAGAGUAAUAAUAACAACAGCAACCAUAACCUUUUUUUUUUAUUUCAUUUCUACUCCUUAACUGAUAUUCUUGUAGUUAUAAGUUUAUUUUAUAAAACAUUCUUUCCAUAUUAUGAUUAUGAUUAUCGUUAUUGACUUGUAAAAUGAUUUAUUUAUUUUUUCUCUUUCAAAUAAACAAAUUCUAAUACCUUUUGUUGUAAGAUUCAACUGUUUAAGUUCAUUUCUAUCUCUGUAUUUAAUUUGUCAUAUGUAAAAUGAGAAUUUUGCACUAACAACAAUCUUUAGUCUUAAAUCCUAAAUUUAAUAUAUAAUUUAAUUUAACAUUGCUAAAUGACUUAUAUUCGUUAUGUCUUUCAAGAAGGUAAACUGAAUAACGAG